CACACGCAGGUUUCUUCCUGGUUUGAAGGAAAAGAAAAACGUCAACAUGCAGGAGGAUAAAGAGACACACAUCAGGAGGAGGAGGAAGAUGAUGAUGAACUGAAGAAAGAGAAGCAGAUCAACAUGAGCAGCAUAAUAACAUGAAGAUCAGCAACAUCAGAAAUGAACAGAGAUGAUGAUCAGCUGAUGAAGAGCAGAAGAUCAACAUGAGCAGCAGAGAGAGCAGAGCCGUUGUUCGCGGUUCUGCUCGUAAGAGAAGUAGCAGCAAAGAGCUAAGGCCACCUGACAUGAGCUCUGCUCCUCCUCUGAGGAUUCUUCUCCUGGGUAAAAGUGUGUCUGAGAACAGCCGUGUGGGGAACUUGAUCUUGGGUCGAUCAGCGUUUGACAGUGAAGCUCCUCCAGAUGUUGUGGAGAGAGUCGAAGGAAGACUGAAGCACAGACACGUGACGCUCAUCAACAGUCCUCAGCUGCUCCACACACACAUCUCAGAUGAUCAGAUCACACAGACGGUCAGAGAGUGCGUGAGUCUGUCUGAUCCAGGACCUCAUGUGGUGCUUCUGCUCCUCCAACAUCAGCAGUGUUCAGCAGAAGAUCAAGAGCGUGUGGAGAAGCUGCAGGACUCUUUCUCUGAGCGCCUUCUUCAACACACCCUGGUGCUCAGCACACAAGAGCCCACUGAACCCAAUCAGAUCCUGCAGAAGAUCAUCCAGAAGUGCUCCAACAGACACGUCAGUCUUCAGACAAGCAGCUCUGCUGAUCAUCUUCUGCAGGCCUUUGAGGACAUCGAGCGGAGCAAUGAUGGACGACACCUGAUUUCUGGAGACUCGCAGUGUUCCACAGUGGAGAAACGGGACACACAGACACACUCUGAGAAGCUGAAUGUGUUGGUGUGCGGGAGCGACGGCUCACUGAAAUCCUCCAUCUCAGAGCUGAUCCUGCAACACACACACAGAAGAUCAGAGAGUGUGAGGACAGACGUGAUCAAUGUGCUGGAGCUUCCAGCUCUGUUCAACACUGGGCUCUCAGAGGAGGAAGUGAUGCGUCAGACUCUCCGCUGUGUGUCUCUCUGUCAUCCUGGAGUUCAUGCUUUCCUCCUCAUUAUUCCUGACGCUCCACUCAAUAAUGAAGACAGAGCAGAAAUGGAGGAGAUCCAGAAGAUCUUCAGCUCCAGAAUCAACAAACACAUCAUGAUCCUCAUCAUGCAGAACUCAGAGCAUCAGACAGCAGAACUCAAUGAAGAAACACAGGCUGUCAUUCAGAGUUUUGGAGGAAGACAUCAUCACUUCAGUCCUGAAACACAAGUGUCCACAUUGAUGGAGAACAUUGAGAAGAUGCUGGAGGAAAACAGAGGAGGUGUUUACUCCACAGAGACAUUCCUGGAGGCGCAAAUGGAAAAUCGGAUGAAAUAUGAAGAGAUGAAAAUUAAGAAAAGUAAUUUACUGGAGACACCACUGCUGACACAAGAAUUUAGAGUAAACACAGAUGAUGAAGUGAGGAUUGUUCUUCUGGGGAAAACUGGAGUUGGUAAAAGUACAACAGGAAACACAAUCUUAGGAAGAAAAGCUUUUACAGCAGAAACAUCUCACCAACCAGUGACUAAAGAGAGUCAGAGAGAAACAUGUGAAAUCAAUGGCAGACAGAUCACUGUGGUCGACACUCCAGGAGUGUUUGAUACUGAACUCACUGAAGAGGAGAUCCAGAGAGAAAUCAGACACUGCAUCUCCAUGAUUCUGCCUGGACCACACGUGUUUCUCCUGUUGGUUCCACUGGGACGAUUCACUAAAGAGGAGGAAACAUCAGUGAAGAUCAUCCAGGAGACGUUUGGGGAAAACUCUCUAAUGUUCACCAUGGUGCUCUUCACCAGAGGAGACUUUCUAGGAAACAAAUCCAUUAAAGAGUUUCUGGGUAAACCUGGAUCUCCUCUGAUGAACCUGAUUGAAGCUUGUGGACACAGAUAUCAUGUGUUCAACAAUACCCAGCCUGAAGAGCGAACACAAGUGUCUGAUCUACUGGAGAAGAUAGACAACAUGGUGAAGACAAACGGAGGAAGCUUCUACUCAUGCAAGAUGUUCAGAGAGAUGGAGAGAGAAAAACAAGAACAACAGAUGAAGAUCCUGAUGGACAGAGUCAGAGAAACAGAAGAAGAGAUGAAGAAACUGGAAGAAGAGAAAGACAGAAUGAAGAUGAUGAUGGAGGAGGAACGACAGAAGCAGGAGACAGAGAGCAAGAGGAGAGAAGAAGAACUGAAGAGAGAAAUAAGAGAAGGAGAGGAACAUCAGAGAGAGAUGAAAGAGGAGAUGAAGAGAGAACGAGAGACAUUUAGACACGAAAUAGAGGAAAUCAGGAGAGAAAAAGAGAAAAUGCAGAUCAAACAUGAAACAGAAACAGACAGACUGAUGAAGAGAAUAGAGGAUGAGAAGAAGAAAAGAGAAGAGGAGAAUACAAAAAGAGAAGAGAAAUAUAAAAGACAGAUCAGGGAGAAAGAGGAGAAAGAGAGAGAGAUGAAAGAGGAGAUGAAGAGAGAAGGAGAGGACAUGAGGAAGGAAAUAGAGAAACUUCAGAUCAAACAUCAGACAGAAACAGACAGACUGAUAAAGAGAAUAGAGGAUGAACGAGAGAAUCAAGAAACAGAGAGAAAGAGAAGAGAAGAAGAGUUUAAUGAGAGAGAAGAACGAUAUAAAAGAGAAAUGAAAGAGAGAAAAGAGAGAGAGAAAAAAAUUUGUGAGGAGAUGACGAGAGAACAGGAGGAAUGGGAGAAACAUAGACGAGAAGAAAAGAAAAGAAGAGAAGAAGAGGAGAAAAGAAGGGAGAAAGAGCAGAGAGAAUUCAAUGAGAAACUGAAAGAAGAGAGAGACAGAAUGGAGAGAGAAAAAGAAUAUCUUCAAAAAGGAGAGAAUGAAGAUGAUGAUGGAGGAAGAAAAGAAGAGGAGAGAAGAACUGAUGAAGAGACAUGA